AUGGGUACAACGACAUUUAGAAUGAGGGAAUUCACUAGAAUGAAUCCUCUAGAGUUUCAUGGUUCUAAGGUUGAGAAAGAUCAUCAACAGUUCAUUGGUGAAGUGUAUAAGGUGUUGAUGAUCAUGCAUGGGAGUGAUGUUGUUGGAAAGGCGGAAUUGGCCGCUUAUCAACUUAAGGGUGUUUCUCAAAUAUCGUUCAAUCAAUGGAAAGAUGAGAGGGCUAAAGAUGCAGGUCCUCUUGAUUGGGAAAAGUUCAAGGUUUAUUUCUUUGAUAGGAGUGCAUACGAGCAUACCGAUCAUUUGAGGAUUGUGUUGCAAAUUCUCAAGGACAGAGAACUCUUUGCGAAGUUUAGCAAAUGCGAGUUUUGGUUAAGGUCUGUAGCUUUUCUUGGUCAUAUUUCCGGCAAGGACAUUGAGGUAGAUCCUAAGAAGAUGGAUGCGGUUAAGAGUUGGCUUAGAACUCUAUCCCCUUCAGAUAUUAGAAGUUUUUUGGAUUUGGUUGGUUACUAUAGAAGGUUUGUUAAGGGUUUUUCUUCGAUUGCUUCUCCAUUGACGACAUUGACCCAGAAGAAGGUUAAGUUCAUAUGGUCCAACGAGUGUGAAAAGAGUUUCCAAGAGUUAAAAGAUAGACUUACUUCCGCUCCGGUGCUGAAUUUACCAGAAGGAACAUAUGGAUUUGUUGUUUAUUUUUAUGCCUCAAGAAUUGGGCUAGGAUGUUUCCUUAUAAAAAAUGGUAAAGUCAUUGCCUACACUUACAAGGCAACCUAA